ACCCGGGAGCCCUUCCAGCGACUCUUCAAGGCGUAUGGAAUCAGAGGUGAGCAAUUGAAAGUCCUUGACAAACAAUGUUCUGCUUCCAACCCGCAUGGGGCUCGAAAUACACGAUCAAUAUCAACCUGCAGAUGAACUAUUGGGCCGCCCACACGUCCAAUCUCUCCGAGUGCGAGCUACCGUUAUUCGACCUGCUUGAGCGCAUGGCAAUAAACGGUGCGCGAACUGCGGCAGAAGUCUAUGGUUCCCGUGGAUGGUGUGCCCACCACGGUACAGACAUAUUUGGCGAUACUGAGACGCAGGAUCGAUGGAUGCCCGCUACUCUGUGGCCCUUGGGCGGAGCUUGGCUUUGUACGCAUAUCUGGGAACACUACAGCUUUACGGGUAACCUAGGUCUCCUACAGCGUAUGCUACCUGUGCUAGAGGGCUGCUGUCAGUUCCUCUUGGAUUUUCUCAUACCAGAUUCAAGCGGCCAAUAUCUUGUAACAAGUCCGUCAUUGUCCCCAGAAAAUUCGUUUGACUGUGAGGGUGGCGAAACUGGUGUCUUCUGUGAAGGAUCGACUAUCGAUAUGGAGAUAGUAAGGCAGGUCUUUCGACAUUACAUCCUUGCUACAUCAGCAUCCAAAGACGCUAUAUUCUCUACGGCCAUAACCAAGGACGUACUAGAUGCACUCUCCCGACUUCAACCGAUGGUUAUCAGCCCCGAAACUGCGACGAUACAGGAGUGGGGAUUGACUGAUCAUCGAGAAACUGAGCUCGGUCAUCGCCACGUCUCACAUCUAUACGCUCUGCACCCAGGAGAUACUAUCACUCCAACGAUAACACCAAAACUUACGAUGGCAGCAGAGAAGACACUUCUCCGCCGUCUUGAGCAUGGAGGUGGCCACACUGGAUGGUCCAGAGCCUGGCUCAUCAACUUCUGGGCACGACUUCGAAAUCCUAGCCAGUGUGCUGAAAACAUCCAAGCACUGUUGAGAGACAGCACACUUUCGAAUAUGCUAGACACUCAUCCUCCGUUCCAGAUUGAUGGAAACUUUGGUGGUGCAGCGGGCAUCAUAGAAUGCCUCGUGCAAUCCCAUGAGGUUUCAAUAGCAGACCAGGGCUCUCCGGUUAAUACUAUUCAGUUGCUUCCGUCUUGCCCAAUGGAAUGGAACAAGGGCUCAGUAAAGGGCGUUAAGUGUCGUGGAGGUUUUGAGCUCGACUUUUCCUGGAAUGACGGAAGAAUACACGGCCCGGUAGUUGUAAGGUCACAAUUUGGAAAUGCUGCUCUGCUGGUUUUCCAUGACGCUGGAUCUCACGCAUUCGACCUAAGCAUCAAGGCCGCAGUUCCUGAAUCUCGAGGAGAACACUUCGUCUCUCACUCAACAUUUCCGCGUCCCAGCGAGGUCCAUAGGUUCUGAAAACAUGGUAGGUCAAUGACCAUCAUUUGAGAUAUCGUGCGCGGAUCAUCAAGGCGGGGCAACUUCAUCUGCUCACCAGAAGAACUCAAGGAACAUGCGUAGUUGAUUUGGGUAAUGUUGUGAGCAUUGUGAUUCAAGUUGAGAAUUCAAUUCGCCUUCUGGAACAAGAUACUUCAUGCUAUAUGUUACCCAUGUUUUUAACAUUGAGAAGACUGG